AUCACAUUCGCAUCAGUACAAAAUAGAACAACAGACACCGUAGCACCGCAUGCAACUUCUCUAACUAAGAAGAAUGAUAAAGUUGGAUUCUUUUCAAAACUAGGAAAUAUAAAUGGCGCCGACUACACCGCAACCUCAUGAUGGUGGCGUUCCAGCAUCCGAGGACAAGUUGCAGCCCAAAAUCAAUCUGGACGAACUUCGGCAAGGACUACUAGAAUCAAUGCGCCAGCCACAGCAUCCCGCCAUGGAAACCAAUCGGGUUACCUUGUUGUAUUUCUGCGUGGCCAGUUUGCAACUUUUGCGCCACAAGUUCACGGAGUGCGAAAAGGCGCAGAUUGCGGAGUUUGUUUCCACCAACCCGGCCUGCAAGUUUACGCUGGAAAGCGAGAGUAGUAGCUGUUUUGAGGAGGACGAGAGCAUCGAGGAGGACAUGUUGCAACCAAGAUCCAUCGCAAACAUGUUCGCUGGGCUUGUCAUACUCUGCAUAGUUUGGGAAGCAGAGGGAGAGGUAGAACAAACGGAUGUAGUUGCUGCAAAAGUACCGGAUAGUAGCGAAACAGACACAGCAGACGACAACGGUGCCGGUGGUAAUAGAACAGAUCCAGUGCCGCUGUGUCCAGUACGGUCCGAGAUCAGCCGGGCUGGUAUCGCCGCAGAUCAUCUGGAUGAUCAUGGGUUCUCUAGAAGAAAAAGGCUCACUUCGAGCGGCAUGGAGAAAAUCACGCCUGCACAGCGCCGCGCCAUAGGCCAGUAUCUGCGGCGCUGCCAGCUGGAGGAUGGCAGUUUUCUAAACAGCAUUUCCGAGCUGGGGACGGAUGUGCGCUUCUCCUAUUGCGCUGCCGUGAUUGCGGAAUUAUUGGACCUGUGGGACUACGUCGACAGAGCGUCGAUGAAAAACUACGCCUUGAGCUGCCGCGGAAUUUCGGGGGGGUUCGGCAUUGCUCCGUGGACCGAGGAGCAUGGUGGUGCCUCAUUCUGCGCAGUAGCAUGCCUGGAGAUUGUGCGAGAUUACGAGGAAAGGCAAGCUGUACUGGGGAAUGAACGUGCGAUUGGUCACAACGGUGGAAGAGCGGUUGCCGGAUCUGAGGAAGGCGAGAACAGGAAAAGCGAGCAAUCUUGUGACUAUUAUUCCACAAAAGCCAUCAACUGGCUACGUGCGCGGCAGCGAAAAGCACCAGGAGACGAAGCAUGGCUGCAUGAUCGCUGUGAACCUGUUGCAGGAACGACAGGGAAAGUGCCUAAAAGUGAUGAAGCUGCAACUCAGAGCUGCAUCUCAGCCUUGUCUCCGACCACCUGCGAGGAACGAGCAAAAGAGAGGCGUCGUCGUUUUGCAAUCGCCCGGCUUGCGGAGUUGCGCGAAGACAAUGGGGGUUUUGAGGGUCGCUUCGACAAGCGGGCCGACUGCUGCUACACAUUUUGGGUCGGUGGAGCGCUUGGUCUUCUGGGGGAGCCUAUCCCUGAUAAGGAAAACUGUCUGCGGUUUCUCGCGCAGUGCUUUGCCCGCACUGGGUUUCGCAAAUCACCAAACCACCCGAAGCCCGACCUGCUGCACACCUGGGCAAGCAUUUGUGGCUUGAGUUUGUGCGGCUAUCCCGGGGUACGGGGACCGCUUGACUGUCGCUUGGGAACAGUAGUUGUCUAAAAGGCAAAAGAAAAGCUGAAGUUUCAAAAACGAACGAGGGAGAUCGAAAACUCACAAAGAGUAGUUUCUUUGGAAGAAAAGUGAUAGAUCGGGAUCGGGUUCGAUUGUUGUUCUGUUAGCUUUGACUCGUCGCAUG